UCGGCAGAUCUGGGUAGAUCCGAAGCACACGCCUUUCCAGCGGAUAUUGUUCCGUAAUCCUGAUGGGGACAUCCGAGAGUUCGAGUUGAAAACGGUCACCUUUGGAGUCAAUUGCGCUCCGUACCUGGCCAUUCGCGUGCUUCAACAACUGGCAACUGACGUACAACACAGCCAUCCUAAAGCGAGUGAUGUCAUUCGUUAUUUUAUGUAUGUAGAUGAUAUCCUAGCUGGCGCCGACUCUAAAGAAGACGCUCGGCUCUCGAUUCAAGAGCUACAAAGUGCCCUCAACUCCGCUGGGUUUCCAUUGAGAAAAUGGACGUCCAAUCAUAAGGAUAUUUUGGCUCACAUUCCGAGUGACCAUCUCCUGCGCUCCGAUUUUCUGGAGAUCGAUGCCGAAAGCACGGCAAAAACGCUCGGUGUCCGUUGGAAAGCCACAUCUGAUGAAUAUUUCUUUGUUCCGCCCGAAUUAUCCGAUGAAUCGUCCCUUACAAAACGCCAGGUUCUGUCACAAAUUGCCAAAUUGUUUGACCCUGCAGGGUGGCUCGCGCCCUUCGUAGUGCGUGCGAAAAUCUUCAUGCAGGAGAUUUGGCUGCAGGACCUGGGGUGGGACGACGAACUUCCAAGUGAUCUGUGUCUGAGAUGGCAGAGCUUUCUACAAAGCUAUUCUGCCUUAAAUCGAAUCCGCAUUCCAAGGUGGGUCUCCUUCCGACCAGAAUUCAGAGUCGAGCAUCACGGUUUUUGUGACGCGUCUCAAACGGCAUACGGUGCUGCGAUCUAUGUACGAGUGGAAGUGGGGCAUACGACUAUGGUGCACCUUCUCACUGCAAAGACGCGAGUUGCGCCGGUAAAAACGGUAUCGCUUCCCAGAUUAGAGCUUUGCGGGGCCUUGUUACUGGCUGAAAUGGCAGCAAGUGUUCUUCCGAGUAUGCCAAUACUCAAAUCCGAACUCUUCUGCUGGACAGACUCCACCAUUGUGCUCGCAUGGUUAAACAAGCCAGCUUGCCAGUGGACUACUUUUGUUGCCAAUAGGGUGACCAAGAUUACCCAGUCUACAAAGGCCGAGAAGUGGUCGCAUGUUCAAUCCGAACACAAUCCCGCAGACCUGGCCAGUAGAGGGGUAGCACUUCAGGAAUUGGUCGACAAUCCUCUUUGGUGGCAUGGUCCCGCAUGGUUGCAAAAGCCACGCAGCCAAUGGCCAAGUCAGGGCGACAAUUCCCCAGCGACCGAGCUAGAGAAACGUCCCCUUAAGUCCCACGUCGCAACUAUUCCGUCUGAAGAUUUCCUUGACCGUUUUUCCAAGUUCGACAAAGCACUGCGGGGUCUCGCUUAUGUCAAUCGUUUCAUCCAGCGAUGCAAAAAACAAGCAACACCCUCUGAUAAGCACCUGCUAGCGGCGGAAAUUUCCGCCGCGGAACGACUACUUAUUCUGAAUACUCAGCGCAGAGACUUCUCCCAUGAUUAUCACUGCUUAAGUGAAAAGCGCUCUGUGCCUUCUUCAAGUUCUAUCCUGAGCAUGAACCCGUUCAUAGAUCAACAUGGUCUGAUAAGAGCGUUCGGUCGCGUGACGGCCUCCGACAGCCUUCAAUAUGAUGAACGGCAUCCAGUUAUCCUUCCAUAUAGCUGCCCACUUUCUCGCCUACUUGUCCAGUUCACUCAUCGCAUAACCCUCCAUGGCGGCAACCAGUUAAUGGUACGCCUCAUUCGGUCAAGAUACUGGAUACCAAAACUAAAGAACUUAAAGUCAAAGGGGACACCAGGUCUAUGA